AAAGAAAAGAAAAGAAAGUGAAAGAAAUCGAAUAGUCAAAAGGCACCUUUUUGUGAGUGUUCCGUGAGGCUUUCUUGGCUAUUAGUAUGAGAAGCAGUUGUUUCUUGACAUUUCUUCCUUUGAUUGUAUGAUAUUCAGCGUGUGUAUCAUUCAGCACUUUUAAGUUUAAACCAAGUUGUAAUAAAAGAAACACCACUGCCCGCGUCUGAAACUUCCCAUAAAAGUAUGUGCAGACCAUGAAAAUUAUAGUAAAUGAGAAACAGACAACGGCAGCCCAGUGUGAACAUCUUGGUGGAGUGCUGGUUUUUUUGUUCUGAAAUUAUAUAUAUGUAUAUGUAAGAACCUUCUUUUCCAGCUCAGAAAAAGGGUAGGUGUUUAGUUGGCCGGUUCAUCUUCAUGCCACAUAAUUCAAACCUUUCAACCUAAUCCUGUUUGAAUUGAAGCACACCAAGAAUCUGGUUCAUCACAUUUAAUACUCUCGUGUUCGUUUUCAGAACUUUCCUCAAAAGCUUCUCUUCUGUUGCCAAUGAUCAACUAAAGUUGUUCAAGCAGCUCGUAACACCGUAGUUCCCACCAUGCAUCUAAAGAGCUUUUGCUUCAUUUUACCUGCAGAAUUUGAUGAACCCAAAGAGGUUCAUGGAAAGAAAGUCGCCAAGCUGUCAGGCCAAGAGUCGUCUAGUUGGGGCUGUAGCGCUCCGGCUCUUGAUAUCCUUCGUCGGUCUUUGCAGCGGUUCUUUGGCUUGAAAUGGGUCAGUUUCUGUCACCAAGAAGUGCCGAUUUCCGGGGUGUUCUUUGAUGCAGAAGGCGUGCAGAUUAAAGAGAAGGUUGGUGGAGAAAAUCCGAGGAUAUUCAGCUACUCUGAGCUGUAUAUAGGCUCUAAUGCAUUCAAUGAGAGUGAAGUUCUUGGGAGCGGAGGAUUUGGCAGAGUUUACAGAGCGAUUCUUCCUAGUGAUGGAACGGUGGUUGCUGUGAAGUGCUUGGCGGAAAGAGGGGAGAGCUUUGAGAAGACUUUCAUGGCGGAGCUGGUGGCUGUGGCUCAUCUCCGCCACCGGAAUCUUGUAAGGCUGAGGGGAUGGUGUAUUCACAACGAGGAGCUACUACUUGUUUACGACUACAUGCCCAACCGGAGUCUUGACAGAGUACUCUUCAGAAGGCCGGAGAAUGUGGACUCUGCUCCUCUCACUUGGGAGAGAAGGAAGAAGAUAGUCAAUGGUUUAGCAGCUGCUCUUAAUUAUCUCCAUGAACAGCUGGAAACUCAGAUAAUACACCGAGACGUGAAGACGAGCAACGUUAUGCUCGAUUCCCAUUAUAAUGCACGACUAGGCGACUUUGGCCUGGCUAGGUGGCUGGAACACGAUCUUCAGUACAAGCCCAAGACACCGCCAGUACUGAAGAAUCGACGGUUUCGAUUGGAGGAGACCACAAGAAUUGGUGGCACAAUAGGGUACUUGCCACCUGAAAGCUUUCAGAAAAGAAGUGUAGCCACAGCAAAAUCAGACGUCUUCAGCUUUGGAAUAGUUGUGCUGGAAGUAGUUUCCGGGAGACGAGCUGUUGAUCUCACAUACCCUGAUGAUCAGAUCAUUCUCCUGGACUGGAUCAGACGCCUUUCCGAUGAGGGAGCGCUUCUGCAGGCUGGGGAUACUCGACUCCAAGAUGGGUCGUACAAACUCUCGGAGAUGGAACGACUCAUACGAGUUGGCCUUAUGUGCACAUUUCAUGAUCCUCAAUCACGGCCGAGUAUGAAAUGGGUUAUGGAAGUUCUUUCUGGCAACAUAUAUGGUAAAUUACCUGAUCUUCCAUCAUUUCAAUCCCACCCUCUUUACAUCUCCCUAUCAUCCUCAACCAACACCAGCACGAGCAAUACGGCAGCCACAAAAUCAUCUAGAACAACCAGUGGUAGUACAACUGCAUUCCAUUCAUCGGACUUUGUCUCAGCUAAUGCAGAAACCAUUUAUGUUAGUGCCGAGUCUGACACAAGCAGUAUCGUCCCAUCAAGUAAUAGAUGUCAGCCCAAAAAGACUUUCCCUGUUGUUGAAACUCCAAGAGUCAUAACCUAUGAGGAGAUCAUUUCUGCCACGAAUAAUUUCUCUGACUCACAUAGGGUGGCAGAGGUCGACUUUGGAACUGCCUACCAUGGCUUUCUUGAGAACCGUUACCAUGUUAUAGUGAAACGGCUGGGCAUGAAGACUUGCCCUGCGUUGCGGAUGAGAUUCGCAAAUGAAUUUCAAAACUUGGGAAGGCUCCGCCAUCGUAACCUGGUACAACUCCGUGGAUGGUGCACUGAACAGGGGGAGAUGCUCGUUGUUUAUGAUUACUCGGCAAAUCGCCUUCUCAGCCACAUUCUCUUCCAUCAUGAACAUAAAAACUGGCAAUCAGAGUUACACUGGCACCACAGAUACAACAUAAUCAAAUCACUUGCUUCUGCCAUUUGCUAUCUCCAUGAGGAAUGGGAUGAGCAAGUGAUUCACAGAAGUAUCACAUCUUCUGCAGUUAUACUAGAUCCAGACAUGAACCCGAGGCUCGGUUCUUUCGCUCUUGCAGAGUUCCUAACAAGAAACGAGCACGGUCAUCACAUAGUUGUUGAUAAGAAAAAAUCUGUUCGAGGGAUUUUUGGUUACAUGUCACCAGAAUAUGUCGACUCUGGGGAAGCAACUACGAUGGCUGAUGUUUAUAGCUUUGGGGUAGUGCUGCUUGAGGUGGUCACUGGGCGGAUGGCAGUCGACUUUCGGCACAAGGAUGUGCUGUUAGUAAAAAGUGUACGUGAAUUCGAGGCGAGGAAAAGGCCAUAUCAAGAAUUGGUGGAUUGGAGGUUGGCUGGACGAUAUGAUGAUGGAGAACUUGUGAGGCUAAUAAAAUUGGGAAUCGCAUGCACAAGGUCAAAUCCUGAGUUAAGACCAAGCAUGAGGCAGAUAGUAAGCAUACUGGAUGGUAAUGAUCAAUGGUUUGUGGAGGCCAGGCAAAAGAAGGAGAAACGAGAAGAAUGGAGACAGAGAAAUGCGUCGGCUUUGAGUCUCAUUAGACGAAUUCAAGCGCUUGGAAUACAGUGAUAUAUGUAGAUUGUAUAUUUAUGUAUGAGGUUUUGCAAACUAAAACUUAUGUUGUUCUUGGUCUUUGUAGUUGAAGUGAUUUUUGAAGUUCUUAGAAGAUAAACUUGUAUUGCUGACAGACGUUAGUGAGUAAACAAGCCAUGUGUGAAAUGAUUUGUACAUAAUGCAAGCAGAUUUGGGCACAGAGUUGUUUCCAUCAAAUUCAUUGAGAAAUGGUGCAGAGGAGUGAAAAUUAACUACAGAAGAAACAACCAAUUGCUCAAAACAGUGCUCAUGUACACUUCAGAAUAGAUAUAUCAGAUAGCAGUCUAACCUCAUUUCAAAUUGUUUCCCAGCUUCUCUCUUGUUCUUCACUUACAUAUAAAUCUAUUAAGCUGGACCGCCAUCAUUAGGCUCAA